AUGACAAAUCAACAACAGCGUCUAGAUAACAACACCGUUAAUUCCAUUACAUUCUUUAACCCUCCCUAUAAUAUUCAGCAUACAACAUAUCAACAACCGAAUGAUGGGGUAGAUGGCGACAUGAUCACUUCUCAUAAUAUUCAACAUGCAAUGCAAGAACUUUCUUCUUCUUCUUCUUCUUCGACUAUCUAUUAUCAACAACAAUCGUCUUCACAAUUCCGACAUCCCUAUCCAACAACAUCAUUACGAAAUUCCCAAUUUACAACAAUUACUUAUACGAUUCCAUCAAUUACACCUACUUCAACUAAUUUAAAAUACAAUAAACCUCAAACAUGUGCAACUUCAUCUAAUAUCACUCCCAUUAAAAUUAACGACGAAAAAAGAGCUCAAAGGAAAGAGAGAAAUCGUAUUGCAGCUAAAGAGUGCAGAGAACGCAGAAAGGCCUACAUAUUGAAUUUGGAAAAUAAAGCAAGUAGCCUAGAAGAUGAAAAUUUGAAAUGUAGGCAAAGAAUUUUAGAAUCAAAGACCAAGCUAGAAUGGAUCGAAUCCAAAAGUCAUGAAAAUAUUCAAUUGAAAAAUUUAGUGAUUUCGCCAUCAAUAAUGAUUUUAAACGAUAAGUGUAUUAAAGGAGACCAAGAGGGAUUGUUAAUUUCUAAGAUCGAAGUGCUUGAAGGGGUUAAAGUAAAGUUAGAUCAACUUGGAGAAUUUGGUAAGAGUGUUUGUUUCACUGCCGUUCCCAUCACAUGA